AUUGGCGGAGCCGCACGCCCCUUUUGGCGCCGGGGCUCCCGAUUGGCGGGCUCGCCUUCGGGGGCGGGGCCUCUCGGCUGACGAGGAGAGAGCCCGCCGGUGCCUGGUACGCGCAUGCGCAGAAAGGGAAGCCUGAGGGCUUGUGGCGGGUCUCCUCUGAGGAACCCGGGGCUGGGAGCUGCCAUGGAGGUGGGCUCCUGCUUCAAGAACUACACGGACUUCUCCGAGCACUUUGCCGCCUACAAGAAGGAGAGCCGGCUCCAGUUCGGCCUCAAGAGCUGCGUCUCCGUCCGGUUCCACAACCGACAGAACGGGACCAACAUUCGAGAGGACAUCACGUUCAUGCGGGUGAAGUUUGCCUGCGUCCGACCGAGAGAACAUGGCAAGAAGAAGAAACCGCAGGAGGAGGAGGAGGAGGAGCCCCAGUUGUGCCCGGCCUACUUAGUCCUGCAGUACAGCGAGGAGCUGGACCGGCUUGUGAUCACUGAGCAGAACGGCAACCACAUUCAUGCAGAGCCCAAGGCCCCUUCCAUCAGCUCUGACCGUUCCCCUCUGGCCAGGCUGGCCGCCAGAAUGGCUGCUUCCAGAGCCUGCGGCAUCCCUCCGGCCAAGCUGCGCAAAGAGGAGCCUGCAGAAGUGGAGGCCUGCAACAUGGAGACCAGCCUCAGUGUGAAGGUCGAGGAGGACAGGGAAGCAAGCAUGAACGUUGAAACGGAUGCUGAGAAGCACCCGCCUCCUUCCCUUUCUCCUUCCAAGGAGCCAGAAGCCCCUCGGGCAGAUGAAGACAACAGGGCCAGCUCCUCUCUGGUCCACAUCAAUGAGGUGAUGAGGGACUUCCUGCGUGUGGACGCGGGCUCCUUGGCCUCGUUCAGCAUGGGCAGCACCGGCAAGGAGCUGGAGCGGCUGAGCUUCCAGACCAGCAAGAUGAAGGGCCUGUUCCUCCGGUUCCCCGAGAGCCUGCUGCUGCACCGGGUGCUGGGCUGCGGGGGCCACACGCUCUACGCCUUCCUGGUGGAGAGCAAGGACCGGGUGGCGAAGCUGGUGCACUUCGCCAUCCUGAAGGACGACACGCCGGAGAGCAUGCGCGAGAUGCUCUCCGUCUUCAAGAAGUUCAACUCAGAGGAGGGGCAGAAGGUCAAGGUGGUCUUGGUGGACGUGGCCUUCCUCCACCGGGAGGUCCUGCGGGAGCUCUUCCCCUCGGCGCAGGUGCUGCUCUCCGUCUACCACACAGUGCGGCUCCUGGAGCGCAAGCUGAAGAAGUCCCACUACCCCUCCAAGCAAGCCCUGAGGAUGGCCCUCCGGAAGGCCGUCUUCUCCCCCUCCAAGGCCAGCCUGGAGGCCCUCUCCCCGAUGGUCAAGGACCUGGUGGACCCGGGCCUGUACGAGCACCUCCAGGCCCACUGGUUCUCCUGUGAGAUGCUCUGGUACUUCCACGCCAAGAAGGGCCUCCACGCCUGCAGCACCUACAUCGACAGCCUGGAGGUCAUCACACAGAAGCUCUCCAGCCUCUUCAGCCCCAAGCUCUCCCUGGAGACCAGCAUCCUCCGCUUCGUGGCCUCCGUCAACGACUUUAACGCCAAAGGCCUGGAGAACCCGAGCCAGAGCGAUGGGCGCAGCAUCCUCAUGAAGGAGCUCAAAAUCAAGCCCCCGCCCCCCCUGAAGCGCAGGCCCAGAGCUGCCACGGAGCCAACAAAGCGCUUCCUGGCUAAAGCUGCCACGAAGCUGCCAAAGCGUUUCCCAGCCAAAACUGUUCCAGAGUCACCAAAGCACUUCCCGGCCAAAGCUGAAACGGAGCCACUCAAUCAGAGUGUUAGGCACAGUCCGGCCAAGCCGGUGGCCACCAUGCUGGCUGCUCUGCGGGAGACCUGCACGGACUUGGCCUACCAACUGUGCCUGAAUGAGUGGGACAUGGUGCAGAAGUCCACCCAGCUUGUGACACUCUCCACCAGGAGGAAGGCCACGGUCCAGCUGCUGGAGGACACACACCAGGUCAGCAAAGGCAGCCAGAGGUGCAGCUGCUUCUUCUCUUGCCGCUACCAGCUGCCCUGCCGGCACAUCUUGGCGGUGCUCCUGGCGAACCAGCAGGUGGUGGAAGAGGCCAUGGUGGCCAAGCGCUGGCAGAGGAAGUACCAGCACCUGCCUGCCUUGCGGGAGAACAUGCCGGAGGCACCCGGGGCUCCCAAAGGCAGCCUGCCAGCAGCACCGGCACCCAAGGAGCGGCAGGACAUGAUCCAGUCCCUCAGCAAGGAGCUCGGCAACCUGCUUCUGCAGAGCGAGGGGGAGGAGCUGGAGGAGCGCAGUGCCACCCUCAGGAUGAUCGUGAACAUCUGGACUAAAUGCUCCGAGCUGCGGGAAGAGGAGGGAGCGGCAGUGAAGCCCCUCAAUGUCCGGAAUGUGGGGGACCUCCCCUUCCUCUGGGUCAAGAAGGAAGAGAUGGAGGAAGUCGCAAUCUCCUCCGUAACUCAUGGCGCCACUUUGGGCACAAACCAGACUUCUGUGGCUUGAAAUACAUGCACCUCCUUUGGCCAGUUGGUCAGUCCGUCUGGUCAGGCUGGUCCUGGCUUUGGCCAUUCCCCAAGUCUGUCGUGGUCCUCCCCGAUUCAGGGAGCUCAGGGUUGCUGCUCCACACCUCAGCAAUAAAAGGGCCUCCUCCCCAUUGGCGCUGGCUGGCUCUCCAGGGCACCGAUCCCCAUACUCUAGUCCUUCAGGUGUUCAGACUUCAACUCCCUGAAGUCUCGGCUGCUUUGACCAAUGAUCAGGGAUUCUGGGAGGUAUAGUCAAAAACAUCUGGAAAACCAGAGUUUGGAAAAUACAGCUCUAGGGAGAUCUGCAGGUAGACAAAGGGCGGCGGGAUUCAUUCCAGGUCAGGAUGCAACUGAAGCCAGCAUUUCUUGAUGGCCAUUGAGAGACUCACAUCUGCAUCCAGAAGACAGACAAACAAUGGAGUGAGAGCCUUGAGGUUUUGCGAUGUCCAGCUGCGGACUUGACAAUCAGGGAAGCUGCUUCAUUAGGAGGUUUAUCCUUGGUAUUUUUUGUUCUGGGUAUAACUUGCUUCAUUGGUUUUUGUUGCCAGACUAAGGUGUAUUCUGCAUUCUCCAUUGUCUUGUUAUUUUAGCUUAGGUCAUUUUAAGGAAACCCACCUGGAAUGUUGAUAUUCUCUUGCGUUGUGUGGGAAGAACCACUGCACCCAGUGCAUGCAAGUGCUACUGUUUCUGUGUUUCAGCCCCAAUGCCCUGACGUGGAGGCAAAAUGCCCUGUUGGUGCUCUCAUUGCUUUCCCCGAAGCCUCUGCCAGAGGGGCAAGUUUUGCUGCUAUGUCCUUAAGUCCAAAUUAAUGGUUGAAAAUGCAGAUCUAACUCUUGAAUCCCUCCGGGGAGAGGGUGGGUUAAAAAUAGAGAUUAUUAUUAUUAUUGUUAUUAUUAUCUCUGCGGCUUCACUGCUGAAGUCAUUUUUUAGUUUCAUCUAUUUCCUGCAUUAUCUUGGCAAAGGAAUGCUUGUGGAUUUGUGAUGAAUAAAUUAUGCCAUGUUAAUUUAAAAGGGCUCUCUCUCUCUCCUUUAAGAAGGUGACCAGUUCAGGGGACUGUGGAAAAGGUCACUGGGGUGCAAUUUUGGCUCCCAAACCUCUUGUGUAGCUGAGCUGGACUCCAAAUGAGACCCGAGUCAUUUCUGGUUCCAAUAAAUCCCUUGAAUUCUA